AUGGGGCGCAACGGAAAAACGCAGCGGCAGAAACGGGGACGCGCGGCCGCCCUCCUCCGAGCCCAGGAGGCCUUCGGUUCGGCCCCCCACUCGUUCGUGUUCUCGCGCGGGGCCGUGGGCAAGACAAUCCGACAGCUCAGCUUGGAUUUGCGGCGAGUUAUGGAGCCCUACACGGCCAGCGCCCUUCAGGUGCGGAAGAAGAACUCGCUGAAAGACUGCGUGGCCGUGGCCGGCCCUCUGGGGGUAACCCAUUUCCUCAUCUUCACCAAGACCGAGAACAACAUCCACCUGAAACUGGUCCGACUCCCCGGGGGCCCAACGCUCACCUUCCGAGUCACUGAGUAUGCGCUGAUCAAGGACGUGAUCUCUGCGCUGCGGCGGCACCGGAUGCACGAGCAGCAGUUCACCCACCAUCCGCUUCUCGUGCUCAACAACAUGGGCCUCGAGGGGAUGCAGGUGAAGCUCAUGGCCAGUAUGUUCCAGAACAUGUUCCCGUCUAUCAACGUCCACAAGGUCAGCCUCAACACUAUCAAGCGCUGCCUGCUCAUCAGCUACAACCCUGAAACACAGCUCCUGGACUUCCGGCAUUACAGCCUGAAGGUUGUGCCGGUGGGAGCCAGCCGAGGUUUGAAGAAGUUGCUGCAGGAGAAAUUCCCUAACAUGCGGCGCCUGCAGGACAUCAGUGAACUGCUCGUCACGGGCGCCAAUCUGUCGGACAGUGAGGCCGAGCAGGACGGGGACCAUAACGUGAUGGAGUUGCCACAGGUGUACUCUGGACGUGGGAACAUGAAGGCCCAACAGAGUGCUGUGCGGCUCACUGAGAUUGGCCCCAGGAUGACCCUUCAGUUGACUAAAAUCCAGGAAGGCGUUUGCCAGGGGAACGUGCUAUACCACAGCUUCAUCCACAAAACAGAGGAGGAGAUCCAGGCCACCUUGGCCCUCAAGGAGCAGAAACUGCAGCUGAAGGCAGAGAGACGGAACCUUCAGGAGAGCAACAUCCGGCGCAAGGAGGAGCAGCGGGAGGCUCACAAGAAGAGAAGCCUUGCCGGGAUGAAGCGGAAGAGGCAGCAGGAGGAGGGCGACAGUGAUGCGGAGGACCCCGGCCCCCCCACUGGUGGGCAGCAAGAGGCAACCCAGCCAGAAGACGAGGAGGAUGAGGCGGAGUAUUUUCGUCAGGCUGUCGGGGAGGAGCCAGAUGAGGAUUUGUUCCCAGGGGCGAAAUACCAGCCAUCUGGCCAGAGGAAGAGGCAGAGCCAAGGUCAGCCAGCCACACGGUCACAGAAGAAGGUUAGGCGGGCCGGUCCCCCGUGCGGUCCCAAGUCCAAGCAGCCUCAUCCCCAGAGCCACCGACACAGGGAUCCUCAGUCCUCCAGAUCCCGAAACGCGGCACCGGGCGUGGCCGGUCCCCGGCUUUGGAAGAGGGGGUCCGGCCCCCACGGACGGACAGGGAAGAAGACCCCAGCCAGACACUGACACCUGCCCGGUCCCCUCCCCCACCCUC